CCCGUAUAUAAGAAGCUGCAGCGCUAGGAUUCGAGUGUCUGACUGGGAGACGGGGAGAGGACAGCGGCGCAGUGUGAGUUGCAAGUCAUCAGAUUUCAUCUGUAGUUUGGUGACUAAGGAUGGGAGGUUCAGAAUCAAAGUCAAAACCAGAUGAAAACAUAUGCCAACCCCCACCACUGAUACCUAAACCAUGGAGAGAGGUGGAGUUCAGCAUGCAAAAAAAGACUGAACUCUUGGAGGAGAUAAAAAAAUAUGAAACACUGACUGAUGCUGUGGAACAGCCCAGAAUUCUGCUGGCUGGGCAGGUUCAAGCUGGAAAAAGCAGCUUCAUCAACUCUGUUAAUUCCAUCUUCAGAGGAUAUCCGAUAUUCCAGGCUACAGUUGGUUAUGGAAAAAAAAGUGUGACCAAAAAUUACAGAGCCUACACAAUUUCUGAUUCCAAGGGUGGUGGAAAGCUACCAUUCAUCUUUUGUGACACCAUGGGCAUGAAAGGAUGUGAUAAUGAUGUUGGAAUUCUUACUCAAGAUGUCUUCAGCAUGAUUGAUGGAUAUGUUCCAGAUAAUUAUAAGUUUGAUCCCAUCACUGCAAUGUCAACAUGCAAGAAAUGCACAGAGAAGCCCAGUCUGGCAGAUCAGGUGCACUGCAUCGUCUAUGUCGUUGAUGCCUCCACAGCAAUCCUCUUGGAGAAAGAACUGCUGAAAAUGUUCCAGAAAAUUCAAAAAAAGGCCUGCAACCUAGGAAUUCCCCAGCUUUUGCUGCUCACUAAGGUAGAUUUUGCCUGCAACAUCGUUAAAGAUGACCUGACCAAAGUAUAUAAGAGCCGCUACAUUCAUGAAACAGUAAUAAAAGUGAGUCAAAUGGUGGGUGUCCCAGUUGCCUGUAUUUUGCCAGUGAGAAACUACUGGUGUGAGACAGAGCUGGACAUGAAGGUGGACAUCCUGAUUCUGAAAGCCCUGCAGCAAAUCCUGAGACAAGCUGAUGCCUGCUUUGAUGAGAUAAAGCAAAGAAGAAAGAGCGAAGGAGCACCUCCUUUAUCUAAUGAAUGAAUUUCAUGUAGAAUAUUAAAGUCAUGGUGUUAGGGUUGCUAGGGUUAGGGUCAGCAAUUAAAGGGAAAUAUAAGUUGAAGUUUAUAUGAAAUGCAAAAGUCCAUUAACACUAGAAUUACCAGAGC